UGCUCAGCUUAUCGGGCAGCCAGACCAUUCCCAUACCGGAGUUAUCAAUUUCGGCCAAACAAACUUAUCCAAUGGCAAAUACCCCACCGAAUAAGUUAACAAAUAUACGAAUUUGGCCGAUCCGAGACCGCAACUUGGGCAAACAGCGAUGACUUGCGGAUAUAUAGUGAGCAGUAUCGGGAGCAACGGGGCUGGAAUUCACAACUGUUAAGCUCUUGGGCAAACACGGAGCGAUCCAAUUCCAAUUCCGAUUCCAAUCCAAUCCAACGCACUGAUAAGCAGAGAGUCGAGUCGGGUUGAGUUUCCUCAGUGUACGAGAGGUUCUCUGGGUUUUGGGUUUUGUUUCUUUUUUAUUUUUAGGAGCGAAUACGAAACGCUGCUCGGUUCGCUUUAGUUAAGCGAUCGAGAUUCAGUUUUCAGUUUCGGUUUCAGUUUUUGCCACGGUCUCCAUGCGAAACGUUGUUCGCCGAUCUUGCGGAAUUUCGAUCGGAUCGGGGGAGGGAAAUAAAAACAACAAGCUGGAAAUCGUAUACUUAAUACGCGUGUGUGUAGCUCGAAAAAAAAUAAAACAAGAAAAAUAUAAAUAAACAAAACUACAGGCUGCUACGUCAGAAGACUACAAACAAAAGAUAUGAACGCAGCGCGCUGACGUCGCCGCCAAGGUUCGAAUCAGAUAUUAUAUUUUAUUUUCUUUUUUUUUUUCGCCCAUUUUGAGUGUUGUUUUUUGAUAAGUUUACAACUUUUACAACUCAUGUGUUUGUUGUUUUUGAGUGAGUGAGUGAGUGAGUGAGUGAUUUUUUGGCCAAGUGAUUUGAAUGCACUUCAAGGGGAAGGAGAAUCGCAUUCUCUUUCCGAUCAGCAGUGCCUUGAGAUUGCCGCUCUCGAAGUGAACGUUCCGAUGUGGAAACCAUAUACACAUGUCUAACUACGCCAGCUAAUCCCAGCCAGACUAGAUCAGCCUUAAAUUGGCCGCCAUAAGAACUCGCAAAUUGAAUGCCAUCACGCAGUGGGAACGGAAGGAGGAAGUAGUAGUCGAAAAUUUGGACCAUAGUAGUCAUGGGCUCUCGUCGAGCUGGUUUUAUCCUGGACUCCAGGUCUAUGGGUAUGGAUCGCUCCAGACCACCAUCACCAUCACCGUCGCCAUCACGAUUGCCAGCCGCCAGUCCAGAGUGCAACAAUUCGCAGGAGCAAUCGGGGAAGCAAGCCGAACAGCUGGACAGUGCCAGUAACUCCAAGUGGGACAUCCUGACCAGGGAAGGUCCCUCCGCCGUUGGGGCAUCCUGCCAUGCCCAGUGCAAUGCCAGCACGGCGCCCGUGACCACCGAUUACUUCCGCUGCCUGCUCCAGAAACUACGAGACGCCUCCGGCGAAGCUGCCGGGAUGAACUUCGAGCUGAACAACAUAUUCCUCAAGCGGCUGGAGGAGAUCGACUGCCUGGAUGGACAAAGCGGGGAUGCAAUGUACACCUCCCAGCUGCGUCUGGUCACAUACCAGGAUUGGGUGGACUUCCUGCUCCACGUGAACAACAUGAUCCUGGGUAACAUGUCCGAUUUGGAGGAGGAGGCGUACGGCAAGGUCGUCACCUGCUUCCAGUCGGUCCGCGGGGAACAACAGCAGGCUCUGGACGAGAAUCGCAAGCUGCGAAAGGACUUCGGCUCGAUCUUGAAACUUGUGCAGACGGCCUAUCACCACCACAUCUGGGAGAUCGAGGGCCUCAACCUGGAGACCCUGUCCCUCAACCAACUGCUGGGCCUGGGCCGGGAUCAGGUCCGGCCGGAAAGCGAAUGCGAGAAGAUGGGCGAGUGCAUGAAGUCCUUGGUCACCGAAAUGGCCGCCAAGCAUGACGAGGUAUGCCAUUUGAAGGCACAAAUCAAUGCCCUGGAGGAAGUGGUCCAAACGGCCAGGCAGAAGCUGCUCCUCAAGGAUCAGUGCAUAGCCCAGCUCAAUCAGCAGGUGCAGGAGAUCACGGAGUGCUUUACCAACAUGACGGAGCAUACGCCAUGCGAGGGGCCCUCGAUGAAUGCCACCAAGGAUGUGCACCAGGAUCAGCCCACUCUGGAGGCGUCCUUGAGCGACACGGCGACCGUGGAGACGAUAUCCAACGACAUGUUGCAGAACCUCUCCAUACAGGACAACCAGGAGAGCGAGAUGCUGCGACUGCUGAACACGGAACUCAACGAUCUCUUCGAUCUGCAUAGCAAACAGGAGUACCAGGCCAUGGACUGUCGCCGGAAACGUCUGUCCUGUUUCUUCGAAAAGCUGUCUUUCGAACGCGAUGAUACGGUGAGAAAGCUGGAGAGCAUUCGCAGUCAUCUGAGGAUCCUCCAAUCGGACCUAGAACAGUCCUGCCUGAACUCGGAGCCCGACGAUCCGGACACCCAGAUAAUAGAAGGCGUGCGAAGACGUCUUCACUCCCUGGAGCAAAAAAACCGGGAAUUGCACGGAAAAUGCCAGCGCUCUGAUACCGAGUCCAAAAUCAAAAUUUCAGAGCUGCGAGCCCAGAUCGAAUCGGAUAAAAGUUUGAGUCAAAGGAAUUCGGAUAUUUUGAAGGAGAUUGCCGAUUUGAUUUGCAAAUUGCACCCUUCGGCUUUCUCAUACAACGACGCCUACGAUGAAUCCUCGAGGGAAAACCCCUUUUGCAUAGCCAUUAAGGAAAUGUUCGAGCAGAGUGCCGAGAAGGAGCAUAAACAAAUGGCAUGUAAAGGCGAUACGAAAAUACCUACACUAAAAAGGGAGCCCACCAAAGCCACCAAACCUCCUCCUGCAGCCACAGCAACAACACAAUCAACAACUAAACCUUUAACUAAGCCAACGACAACUAAAACUACAACUAAAACUACAACUACAGUAGCGAAAACAACGACAAAAGCCAGGACCUCCAAGUAACUAUGUCACUUGUUGACCCUCUUAAACAUUUAGUCUAAGCUAAGCCAAGUUAAGUGCAGUUAAGUAUAGCUUAAAGUUCGUCAAAGUUGUAAAGUUAUUUAUCAUCGAAAUGGUUCCCGCCAAAAACUAACAGAAGAGCAAAAAAAGAAAGAAUUUGAUUGUUUAUGUACACAAAUCAGUUUGUUUAUAUACACAAAUGGACUGAAAUCUAAGUGACGAAAAUCGAGCCAGAAGCUCACUCAAAAGGGGAUAAAAACUAAAACAAUUAUCUGUAACAAAACAAUUUUAAUUUAAGCAUUCCUCUGACUCAAUUAAUGUUUACUUAGUUUUAAAUUUAAUAUAUCAUAUAUCCCAUAUUAUAUUGUUAAAUUUUUAUGGCCAUGCCACUGGCGUGAAAUACAUUUUCCGCUCCUUACAUAGAAUUUUCCUAUGUGGUAAAUGACAUUCGCCUUCGCGAAGGAAACUCCAUAUAUAUUUAAUACAUAUAGUAUCCUGGCGGGAAUCACAACAAAUAUUAUUGCCAUUCGAGUCGUCUGAUUUAUUUACCCAUAUAUUUUUGCCUGGUCGCAAAAGUAAGUCCCCUUUUGGGUUUUGUGUCUACAUUCGACAAAUACAAAUCGCUUGCGCGAAUGUGUUUAUUGUGGAAACUUGGCUGUAUGUUCAACUGCAAUUGCCCGAAGAGGGAGUGCCUCCUGCCCUCCAUCCAUCCAUCCAUCCAUCCAUCGGGAGCCACCUGCACCCCAGGAAUCGCUGGCGAAUCGGAAAUAGGUUUCGUGUUAUUUAUUUACCCACAAUCGACACGCGAGGCAGGCGAGCAGUGAUAUGCAUAUCGAUGAGAGCCUCGGGGAUUGGGCAGGAACUCGAGUGACGAGAGAUGCUCGUGAUCCUCGUGAGCCCAAGGAACCCGGUAUUGAACCACAUACUCUCGAGGUUUUUAUAUGGAAUUUUUUUGUUUUGGGAAAAAUUAAAGGCUUCAAGGCGACUUAAAUUUAGCCUUUA